UGUCAAAUGAGCAAGCUGAUUUAGUUCGCUAUAGUUAGAGGAAGUUAACGGACCAAAAGAUCUCUGAUUUUCAAUAAUGCUGGAGAGAUUUUUAUCUCCUCUGGUGGUCCUCCUGGGAUUGGUGGGAACGGGUGAAUCUCAAUACAGCGGUUGUGAUUAUGCACAGAGAAUAGAGCCUGGACGAUCCUACCCCGUUUUCAGUCCAGGGUAUCCAGCUAAUCAGAAUUAUCGCCCUGGGACUUUCUGCAGAUGGACAGCGAGAAGUGAUCGGCCGAUACAGAUAAAAUGUCAGCCAUUCAUCAUUCCCUAUCAGCGGCCUGGAUGUCCAGUGGACGUCGUAUUAAUUCAAACAAAUCCCAGAGGGGCUCAACGCUACUGCGGAGAGGGACGACUGGACCUGGUAUCUGAGGGCAAUGAAGUAAUCAUAGCCCUGCAGAGUGCGAGAUAUUCACCUGGAGGAAGGUUCCUCUGCGUUCUUCAGAAUGUCCCUGAUCGAACUGACUCCUGCCGUUGUGGGUGGAAGAACCCAACGAGAAUAGUGGGAGGUACGACAACUGGAGUUAAUGAGUAUCCCAUGAUGGCUGGUCUCAUUGAUGUCAAUUUGAAAAUUGUUUACUGUGGCGCUACUAUUAUCAAUGAUCGUCAGGUUGUCACGGCAGCCCAUUGUAUAACUGCCAAUAUGACUAGUGCUAAUCUCGCGGUUUUAGUUGGAGAUCAUGAUUUAGUUAAAGCGGAUGAAACCAACGCUACAGUGCUGCACAAAAUUACCGGAAUCGCUGUACAUCCUCGCUACAAUGCAGGGACUCAAGACAACGAUAUUGCGAUUAUUACUACAAUUACUCUUAUCCAAUUUAACCAACAAGUGGGACCCGCUUGUCUUCCUUUCCAGCAUAGGUUUGACUCGUUUGCAGGGAAUUACGUUGACAUUCUAGGAUGGGGAUCGAUUGAAUUUGGCGAAGCACAAUCCAAAGCCCUUCAGAAAGCCGAGGUUGGUGUGAUAACUCCGAGAGAUUGCCGACGGACGCAUCCCAGAAUUAACGAGAAUCAUAUGUGCACCCUGGGGCAAGGAAAAGACUCCUGUCAAUACGACAGCGGUGGACCUGUCCUGUGGAGGAAUCCAUCCACUAAGCGUCUCGUUCUCGCGGGUCUCGUCAGUUUCGGGGGUGCCUGCGCGGACGGUAAUCCAGCAGUCAACACCAGGAUUGGCGGAUUUAUCGAUUUCAUUACGUCCCAGAAACCUCCCGAAUUAUUAUUCCUCAUCUUCCUGCGAUAUUCGAGAGCAACCAGCAACUCUCCGACUCAAAAUUGCAGUUACUUCCAGAUACUGGGAGGCGGAGAGUCGUAUUCUGUGUACAACCCCUAUUUUCCUCGUAAAUAUGAAGGAGAGAAUAACUGCCAGUGGAUCACCAGGAGCGAUCGAGUCAUGGAUGUCAAUUGUUCAGUGAACCUGCCAGCAAGUGUUGACUGUAAUCAGGAUUCCCUCAUAAUCCAGGGAUUAUUCGUCGAGGCUCGGGCAUACUGUGGUGUCGAUGAAGUAUUUUUACAAGCAUAUGGUGAAGUCAAAAUUAACCUGAUCACCCCUGAGUCUUCUGACGGUGGGACAUUCGAGUGCGAUAUUAAAACAUACGAGGAUGCAGAUUACGAAGGGGAUGAAGAGAAUGACGAGGAAGCUUGUCACUGUGGCUGGAAGAAUUCGGAAAAAAUCGUAGGGGGUACAGACACUGAAGUGAAUGAAUAUCCCAUGAUGGCUGGUCUCGUCGAUCUCUCGUUCAGAGAGGUCUACUGCGGUGCUACCAUCAUUAACAAUCGUCAAGUGAUCACUGCCGCUUCGUGCCUAGAAGACAUAGACCAGCGUCUCUUAACAGUUUUGGUUGGAGAGCACGAUGUGGUAGCAAGCAGUGACACCGAUGCAACGAAAAUCUUCAAAGUAGAUUCUAUCCACAUCCACCCGUACUAUUCCGGAAAGUACAACGACAUCGCAAUAAUCACAGUAUCAGGAACUAUUGAAUUCAAUGAGCAAGUGGGACCUGUUUGUCUGCCAUUCCAACACGCGCCCGACAGCUUCGCAGGACAAUUCGUAGACGUUUUAGGCUGGGGAAACCUUGCGUUCACUGGGGCAAAGGCUACUACCUUGCAGAAAAUAGAAGUCAGUGUUAUUACUAAUUACGAAUGUAGGAAGACUUCGAGCAUUCAGGAGUUCCAAAUUUGUACUUUUACGGAAGGGAAAGACGCUUGUCAGUUUGACGCUGGUGGGCCUCUACUGUGGAGAAAUCACAUAACUAAACGUCUGGUACUCACGGGAAUAAUAAGCUACAGCACUGGCUGCGCGUAUGGGAACAAUCCAGGUAUAAAUACCAGAAUUGGAGCCUACAUCGACUGGAUAUUAUCUGUCUCACCCGCAGACGUGAAAUAUUGUGUGGAAGAGUAAGUAGUGGAAUAUUAACUUUAUAGGGAAGAAAAACUAAGAUGAUUUAUCCCCUGGAGUAAUAAACAAUCAUUAUUAUGAGGCUUGUUAUUAGAUAUGGAAUAAAAAAUUAAUCAAAAGAGAAGAAACUUCACUCUUUUGAGAUAUCAGAAGAUUAACUUUCAGUCACGAAGACCAAACAAUUCGUCAUCAAAAAGGAAUUAACGUCCUUUUUUCUCUUGCGCCAACAUCAUUGAUAUUUAUGUGAACAUUUCUUUGUAGUGAAAUAUCACGCUUGUUGCCCUGCACUCGUAGAAAUUUCUCCCGAAAUUUCCAGUAAACAAUCAAUUAUA